AUGAAAAAAGGUAAAAAGAACCAGGUAAUCAAAGUACAAAAUACUGAUUGCAGCAUGGUGACUAUCAAUGUACCUCCUGAAUUAAGAAAAAUUGAGCAAAUUUUAUUCGCUUCAGUAAAACAAAAUCGUUUUGAUUUAGUUAGUCGAAUAAUAGACGGUCAUAAAUGUGAUAUUAAUGUAAGAGAUAGUUUUGAUCGAACACCAUUACAUUUGGCUGCAUCAUCUGGAAAUUUACCAAUGGUGAAAUUAUUAAUAGAAGGUAGAGCAUUAGUUGAUCCAGUGGAUAAAUUUGGUAUCACACCAUUAUUUUGGGCUGUUUAUAACAAUUAUAAAAAUGUAGCUCAUUAUCUACUCAAUAUGGGGGCUAAACAUAAUCGAGUUACUAAGCAAGGUUUUACAAUUUUGCAUUUCAUUUCUGAAUCGAAUGCUAUUUCAAUAUUAAAAUAUUUACAUCGUAAAUCAUUAACAUUAGAAUAUGAUGUUGCAGAUAAUAAUGGAAUGACUCCAUUUAUAAUAGCUGCUUCCAAAGGAAAUGAAUUAUUAAUGGAGAUUUUGGUUAAACGAAACUGUAAUGUGAAUGCAACAGAUCUGUAUGGUCGAAAUGCAUUACAUUUCGUCGCAAAAAAUGGUCAUAUCGAUGCAUUAUACUACUUAUUGUCUGUGGAAUUACUUAAAACAAAAAUCGAUGAACUAGAUAACUCAGGAUGUAGUCCAUUACAUUUGGCCUGUGAAAACAAUCAACAACAUUGUGUUCGUCUACUUCUAGAAACUGGUGCCAAUCCGGACAUUGAAACAGAGACUCGUGAUUGUCCUUUGAUCGAAUGUUCUCGGAGAGGAUUUCACAAGUGUAUUGAUUUGCUUAUUGAAAAUAAAGCAAGUCGUGAGAAAACAAGCAAAGUGGGUGAUACAGCUUUACAUGUUGCAGCAUUAUCCAAUCUUUCAGAUACUAUCUAUUUUUUAUUCUCAAGAAAAUUUGAUCUUUGCGCUGUCAAAGAGGAUAAACAAACUCCAUUGCAUCUUGCAGUUUCACAAAAUAGACUUGAAGCAGUUGAAGCUUUAUUGUUUUGUGGUGCUCCAUUAGAUCUGAGGGAUAAAGAUGAUCAAACUCCUUUGAUGAUUGCUGCCAAAUCAAAUUACACUGCAUUAGUUGAUAUGAUAAUACGUGCUGAUCGAUGGAAUAAAACUUAUCCGGUGAAUGCUCAAAAAUUGAUUGAUGAAAUCUUACAAACACAACAAACCAAAUAUGUAACCACAAGAAUAUUAGACAAAAAACAAAAGAACACACAAGAAAUAUUAUCGAAUGAUCGAAAACACUUAUUCAAUGAUAAUACUGGUAACCACAAUAACAAUAAGAAUAAUGAUAGUACUGAAGAUUCAGAAAGUAGUCGAACAUAUGUUGGACAACAUCACGAUUACCAUCAUCAUCAUCAUCAUCAUCAUCAUCAUCCUACUACUACUGAUAAUGAUGAGAAUUCAAUCAUUCCAAAUGAUAAUGAUCCUAAUGAUGUGAUGAUGAUAGAAUUUAUUGAUCCAUUUAAACAAUUACAAUUAGAAGAGAACAAUAAACAAAUUAAUGAAAUACAAUUAAUAGUAGAUCAUCGUUCAACGACUACAGCAAGUUCUGAAUCAGGUAGUGAAUUAUCAUUAGGUUAUGAAGCAAGUCGUGCAUGGAAUAGAUCAGAUCAACGACAAUAUCAAUCUAAUCAUGAUCUAUUGAAUAAUUCAUUUAGUCUAUCACAAAUUAGUUUGAGUCGUGAUUUAACCGAACCAAAUUUUAAUCAAGAACAUUAUGAUAAUGAUGUAGAUGAUGUGGAUGAUGACGAUGAUCAUCAUCAUCGAAAACAUGGAAGUCUUAAUAAUUUAUCAUGUCAAGUUCAAGGUAAUGAGAUUUAUUUACCAAAUGGUGAGACAAUAUUUCGUAUUACGGAUACACUGUUAGCACAAUCCAGUAAGAAUAUGCGUUUAUUGAAUGGAUAUGGUUUGAAUUUAACACAUCCAUUUACAUUUAGAGCACCAUGUCAAAAUUAUGCUGAUGAUAUGAAUGUUCUAUUCUAUGAAUAUUCACAUCGAUAUGCAAAAACAUCGGAUUGGAAAAAUUUGGCAAAAUUUUGGGGAUUCACAUCAGAUGAUAUAACUGCUAUUGAAUAUCAAGAUAUUGGUAAAAAUUCUUAUAAAGAACAUACAUAUCGAUUAUUGAAUAUAUGGUUACAUGGUAUUAGUGAUAAUCAAUCACCAUUGAAUGAAUUCUAUUUAGCCUUAACUACAAUUGGACGUAAACGAAUUGUGGAACAAUUACAUCGACGUAUUAAAACAUUAAAUAAACUGAAUAAUAAACAUAAAUGUAAACUAUAUUAA